CCUUUCUGUUCCAUCUUUUCCCUCAGAUACAGUCGGGAAGUCGGUGCCCACUCCACGUCUUCGCGGGCGGUGAGGCGAGUUAGGGUUUGAGCGCGUCGUGGGGUCGGGGCGUCGGUCGCUAGCUUUCUGUCUCUGUCGCCUCGUAUUUCCCGCCGGGGGAUGGCGAUGUAUACCUGCAUCACCUGCCGGGUGGCGUUCGGCGACCCCGAGCUGCAGCGGGCCCACUACAAGACGGACUGGCACCGCUACAACCUGAAGCGGAAGGUGGCCGACAUGGCCCCCGUCACGGCCGAGGGCUUCCAGGAGCGCGUGCGGGCGCAGCGGGCCGUGGCGGAGGAGGAGAGCAAGGGCACGGCCACCUACUGCACCGUCUGCAGUAAGAAGUUCGCCUGUGCGAACGCCUACGAAAACCACCUCCGGUCCCGGCGGCACGUGGAGCUGGAGAGGAAGGCGGUGAGCCGCCGGGUGGAGAUGAUGAAUGAAAAGAACUUGGAGAAAGGGUUGGGCGUGGACCGUGUUGACAAGGACGCCAUGAACACGGCCAUCCAGCAGGUCAUCAAGGCCCAGCCGUCUCCCAAGAGGGCCCCUCCGGCGCCGGGGAAGGAGUCCGGGGGUCCCGGGGCGGUGGCCGAAGGAGGGCGUGCGGCCGACGACCGAGACCCGGCCGAGAAACCUCCCCGGUUACAGUGGUUUGAACGGCAGGCGAAGAAGCUGGCAAAGCAGCAGGGCGAGGAGGAGAGCGAGGAGGGGGACCUGGAUGGAGACGACUGGGAAGAUAUUGAUUCUGACGAAGAAAUGGAAUGUGAAGAUGCGGAAUCGAUGGACGAGUUGGAGGAGCAGGAUGCAGAGGAGGAAGAGGCAGAGGCGAGGGCAGGCGCUCCUCUUGGUGCCAUCUCCAUAAAGGACUGCUUAUUUUGUUCCCAUCAUUCAAGCUCCCUUAUGAAGAAUGUGGCUCACAUGACUAAAAUCCAUAGCUUCUUUAUUCCUGAUAUAGAAUAUCUUUCGGAUCUUAAGGGACUGAUCCAGUAUCUGGGAGAGAAAGUUGGUGUUGGGAAGAUUUGCUUAUGGUGCAACGAGAAAGGGAAGUCCUUUUACUCCACGGAAGCUGUGCAGGCACACAUGAAUGACAAAAGCCACUGUAAGCUCUUCACAGACGGGGAUGCUGCUUUGGAAUUUGCAGACUUCUAUGACUUUAGGAGUAGCUACCCAGAUCACAAGGACAGGGAGGAUCCUGAUGAGACCGAGGAGUUGCCUUCAGAAAAGACCUUGGAUUAUGAUGAUGAAACCAUGGAGCUGAUUCUACCAUCUGGUGCCAGAGUGGGCCAUCGCUCCUUGAUGAGAUACUACAAACAGCGAUUUGGCUUGUCAAGAGCUGUGACAGUUGCCAAGAACCAGAAGGCCGUGGGCCGGGUGCUCCAGCAGUACAGAGCCCUGGGAUGGACUGGAAGCACAGGAGCAGCUCUUAUGAACAAACGGGACAUGCAGUAUGUCCAGAGGAUGAAGUCAAAAUGGCUGCUGAAGACGGGAAUGAAGAACAAUGCCACCAAGCAGAUGCACUUUAGGGCCCAAGUGAUGUUCUGAGGGCCUGCUGUGGAUUGAGGCAUCGUCUCCUGUACAGGGGUCCUUGCCUGGGAACCAGCAGAAGCUGAUUGUAUGACAGUCCUUUUGCUGCUACUUCUCCCUGUACUUUAUCUGUUCUGACCGAAUAAUAAAAGGCAGAAUCAUA